AUGAAGCUCCAAUAUUACUUCAUGAACUUAAAGAUGUUAGUCACCCUUGAUGAAUAUGGCCACCUUGAUGGUAUUGGUGAUGCAGCAGUUGACCAGUUAACAAGAAUAAAUGUCGGACCAGAAGUAUCCUUACUCUACAAUCUAAUGAAGGUCUUAAAACAAAUGGCGGAGGAAUCCCUAAAUUUAAUAGGAAAGAAGAGGUUAUAUAUGACCGAGCAUGUUAUACAUUUGUAUAUGGAGUUUGUCGAUUUACGGAAACUCAGGAAGGCUUAUCGAGCUCCUGGCCUGGCUAAGGUCGUUGCAGAUACCCUAGUUGCCAUAACAGUGUCAUUUGUUACAAUUGGCUUGACCUUAGAAGAUAUUGAAGGAAAGAGAUACAAGUUUUUUGCGGACCUCUUUGAUAGUACUUACAAAAGCAUACGUGAAUCAGAAAUAUUUAGUUCGGUCUAUCAGGUUCUGCGACUUGACCACGCACAGUAUCUAUCUUCCCUUGGGAAGAAGGCAGCCGAUUCCAGUAUUUUCUUUCAUCAUUUCCCAGUGCCGUAUCAGGAAUCAUCGGAGGAAGUCCCGGAAGAGUUCAGAGACAGCGUGACGCUGGCGGUGAUGGAGGCGCCGGUGCUGCUGCACUCGUCCAAGAUGGUGACAGACGAGUCGACGCUGAUUCGCCUGCUACUGGAGUCCGGGCUGGACCCCUUCACGCGGUGUCCUCUAGACCAGGGCUCCUAUAGUCGUCUUCCCCAACUCCAGGCGGACAUCCUUGCAUGGAAGGAAACUACCAAACUUGUGGAAUAA